GAAGAAAUGCCAAACAUAGCAAUAGUCUUACUGCAUUCCCAAGCUUUAACAACAGAUAGCUAACGAAGAAAAAAUAAAAACAAAAAAGGAAAGAGAAGUCAGAAAGGGUUCAUUUAUUUUUCUUUAAAUGUGUUGAUUUUUUUUUUCUUAGAUGACUGCAGUUCACAAGCAGCGGGAUGCUAUUCCCUUGGUUAUUAAUGAUGAUGAUGUGGAUUCAAGUGACGAUAGAGAAGAAGGAACGGAGAAGAAGGUAUCAGCAACAACAGGUUUUAUUACAGGACACCUUGAAGUGCAACCUGUUUUUCACUAUGAGGAUAUUAAUGCCAAUGACAACGAUGAUGAUGGUGAUGAUAUAGAAGAUGAAGAUGACGGUGAUGAUUCUGCUCUAGAUACUCAACUUGCUGCAAAAAGUCACUUUAAUCACACUACAUGAGGGUGUUGGUUCAUUUGUUAGAGCUCCGCGCCAGAGCUUGUAGGUUUGUUUUCUGAGCUAAAUGAUGCACCUGAACAGCUUUAAA